CUUGCUUCCAAGCAAGGAACCCAACGAUCUAAUCCACAUACUUCCCCUCCUACCCUUUUUUCAUCAUUCCCCCAACUCUUCAGCCAUUUAAAUCUCCCCAAACUCACUAAAAAAACUCCAAUCCUCCCAUCGUCGUUUCCAUCAAUCUCUCUCUGGAUUUUCUCACAUUUUUUCAUUUUUUCAUUUUUUCUCUCUGAUGGGUAUCAAAGGAUUCACCAUUUUCUUCAUGCUCCUCGCAAUAUUAUUCUCUUUUCUCUACAUUCCGACCAAACUGACGCUGCCCAUCUCAAACUUCCGGCCGAUUAUGAACUACUUGAAUGUGCAAAGAUCCAACAAGCCGUACCCGGCGACGUUCGCCUACCUGAUCUCGGCGUCGAAAGGCGACACCGGAAGGCUAAAGCGGGUGGUGAAGGCAUUGUAUCAUCCCGCGAAUUACUAUUUGAUUCACAUGGAUUACGGUGCGCCGGCGGCGGAGCACCGGGAUUUAGCGAGGUUUGUGGCGGGGGAACCGGUUUUCAGCCAAGUGGGUAAUGUGUGGCUGGUUGAGAAGCCUAACUUGGUGACGUACAGAGGACCCACCAUGCUGUCCACCACUCUCCAUGCAAUGGCAAUGCUGUUGAGGACCUGCAAUUGGGAUUGGUUCAUUAAUCUUAGUGCUUCUGAUUACCCCUUGAUCACCCAAGAUGAUCUAAUUCACGCCUUUUCGGAGGUGCCCAGAGAUCUAAAUUUCAUACAGCACAGCGGUCACUUGGGUUGGAAAUUGAAUAAGAGAGGGAAGCCAAUAAUAAUAGACCCAGGACUGUAUAGCCGCAAUAAGUCUGACAUUUGGUGGGUUAUUAAACAGAGGUCCGUCCCAACGGCUUUCAAGCUCUAUACAGACGGUUGGAUUAGUGAGCUCAUCAGGCAAAUCGUAACACUAGAUAACUACCACGUGUAG